GCAAUUCAUUUACGUUCUAUUUUGCUUUUAUGAACAUAAUCAUCGGUGACAAAAAUUUUUGUGGUUUCAAUCGACAAUCCUAUUUAUUUAAUUGUUGAUUUUAUUUAUUGUUUACUGAUAGAAUUUGCUGCUUAUAUUAAAGCUGUAGAGUUUGCUGUUAUUUUUCAUUCUUGCUGUCAAUUUCAUUUUGUGAUUUAUCUUGUCAUCAAUGGGCUCAUUGGUUUAAAUUUCAAGUCAAAGUUUCACAGGUGUAUAACUUCAUUUUUAAAUCGUUGAAAGAAACAUUUAAAUAUGUCUUUGAAUAAACUAUCAAGAUCAUUAACAUCGAAGUUCUUAUCACCACACUUAUAUGGAUUGAAUAACAAUUUCAAACGAGACGCAAGUGCUUCAAGUACCGAUGGAUCAUCCAAGAAAACUCCUCAGUUGAGACCUUUAUAUCUCGAUGUUCAAGCAACAUCACCUAUUGAUCCUCGAGUUCUAGAUGCCAUGUUACCAUACAUGACAUCUUAUUAUGGAAAUCCUCAUUCUAGGACUCAUGCCUAUGGUUGGGAGAGUGAAAAAGCAGUUGAAGAGUCUCGAGCUCAUAUUGCUAACUUGAUCGGUGCAGAUCCCAAGGAAAUAGUUUUCACAUCAGGAGCAACUGAGUCAAAUAAUCUUGCAAUUAAAGGAGUUGCAAAUUUCUAUAAAGAUAAAAGGAAUCACAUUAUAACCACUCAAAUUGAACACAAAUGCGUUUUGGAUUCAUGUCGUUAUUUGGAAAAUAAUGGAUUCAGUAUUACUUAUUUACCAGUUCAACAGUCUGGUAUAAUCGAUUUAAAAGAUUUGGAAUCGGCCAUAAAUAAGGAUACUCUUUUAGUCUCUAUAAUGACCGUUAACAAUGAGAUCGGUGUGAUACAACCAAUAAACGAAAUUGGAGCAAUUUGUCGUAAAAACAAAGUCUUUUUCCACACAGACGCAGCCCAAGCAGUUGGCAAAAUUCCAUUAAAUGUUGAAAGUAUGAAUAUUGACUUGAUGUCAAUAAGUGGCCAUAAAUUAUAUGGACCUAAAGGGAUCGGAGCUCUUUUUGUUCGUCGUAGACCGAGAGUUCGAGUUGAGGCCUUGCAAAGUGGUGGUGGUCAAGAAAGAGGAUUGCGCAGUGGAACAGUACCAACUUUAUUAGCUGUUGGCCUAGGAUCUGCUUGUAAAAUUGCUGCCCAAGAACUUGAAUAUGAUCAUCAAUACAUCAGCAAGCUUUCAGAAAGACUGGUGAAUAAGAUAACGGAAAAUAUCCCAGAAGUCAUUAUAAAUGGAGAUCGUGAGCGUAGUUAUCCCGGUUGUGUGAAUAUGUCCUUUUCUUGUGUUGAAGGAGAAAGUCUAUUAGUAGCCUUAAAAGAAAUUUCACUUUCUUCAGGCUCAGCUUGUACAUCAGCAUCAUUAGAGCCUUCCUAUGUUUUACGAGCCAUCGGAGCAGAAGAAGAUUUGGCUCAUUCAUCUAUUCGCUUUGGUAUCGGUCGAUUUACUACUGAAGCCGAAAUCGAUUUCACUGUUGAAAGGUGUAUUCAGCAUGUUCAAAGAUUACGAGAUAUGAGUCCUUUGUGGGAAAUGUUGCAAGACGGAAUCGACAUAAAGUCUAUUCAAUGGACACAACAUUAAUCUUGCAGUACAUACAAUCUUUAUUUGAACUUUAAAAAAAUUCAAAUCUAUAGAUUUCUUGUAAAGAAAUACUAAUUAAGUCCGAACUGUUGAACAAAUUGGACAAAUUGUAAACCAUCGCCCCAUUAGUAUUGUCUCGUCAUUUAAAGAAAUUUAAAUUCAAUAAAUGUAAAUGAAUUAAAGCAUGUUACAGAAAUUAAAUAAUAAACUCAGUCAAUUUGAAUCUAUUUA